UCUAAGAAAUGUCUGCGAAUCGUAGGAGGUAAGCUAUCUAUGGAAGGCACUCCGCUAGCGAUGAUGUCCUUUGCCAGCCUGGCGCUCCUGCUGCUGGCGGUCCUGGUGAUGGGCAUCCUCUUCGCCUGCCACUGCCUCGGCCCGCGGGCCGCCAGCUGGAUGAGGAUGCGGUCCAGCAAGGAGGAGAAGAUCGGUCUCUCCAACCACAAGCACAAGCUCUUCCAUGCCAACGGCUACAUGGCCAGUAUCCAGUCCGGCUCGGAGUUCCUGCUGAGCACCAGCGGCAGCUUCAAGCGCUUCGAUACCAUCGACAAGGACGACCACAAUCGCUCCCAGCAGCUGCUCCUGAUGAAUGGUUGUCUGGUUGGAGGUUCUGGUGGUACGAAUAACACCCUGGAGGUCACCACCCCGCUGUGGAAUCUGCCCCAGGCGGAUGUCAGCAUUCCGCCCCAACCGCUCCGGCCCGCCCCGGCGCCAAAUAGUGCCGGCCCGGCCACCAAAACCGUAACCUUCUCCUUCAGCCAGGACCAGGAGCCGGCCGACCCUGAGCACCGCUCCUCCUGCCUGCGCCAGAACGGAUCAAUUUCCAACGGAGUCCUGCCUCAGCCCUUGGAGGCACCGCCACCGCCACGGCUCACCACCUCCGCCUCCGUGAAUCUGUCGGCCACCGCCAUUCCCCGGCCGAUCGCCAAGCGGCUGGUGGGUCAGGCCUUGAACGGGAUGCCCCAGGAUCCGCAGCCGGAGGUGGAGCACCAGCCAGAGAUACUGCCGGAGACGGAGCGCCGCAUCCCAGCCCUCAAGCGAAGGAACUCCAGCACCAAUCCCUUCCUGUGCGAGUCCACGGAACAGAUGCCUCCGGGUCUUCCGGCGGCAGAUCCUCCAGUGGCCACCAUCUCUGCUCCUGCAGGGACCUCGUCGGUUUCCACAGCCACCGCCUCUGUAUCCUUGCCCUCUCAGUCACUUCCUGUCCAAGCAGCUUCCUCGGAAUCAUCCAACCAUCACAAUGGCAAUCCCUUCGUGGACACCAACAGUCUCUCCAGUCGCCUGCUCAAGCUCCAAAACACCACGAAUCCUUUCACGGGCCUCUCGCAGCGCGUCAAAGGACCUCAUCUGCUGCAGAAGACCAUCUCCGAGGACUACCUCUUCCGGAAACUGGGCAUGAACGGUGGAUCGAUGGCCAAUGGCAACGGAUCGGGCCAUGUGAAUGGCAAUGGCAACGGCACUUGGUCCUUUGGGCGGUCCUUGCUGCGCCAGGACUCGACUCUGAGCCUGGGAAUGGGCCUGGGCAGGCGAAACAGUUCCCAAGUCUCUCUGGACUCCGGGUCGGGAUCGGUGGCCGGGUCCAUGGAGGGCAUCAACCUGGAGCGAGCGGUGUCCUGCGACUCGGUUACCUCGGAGUCCAACCUGAUCCUGGAGCAGCUGGAUCAGCCUUACACUCAGAUCACAGGAUAUCUCUGCGUGGGACUGCACUACGACAAGAACUGCAUCAGCACGGAGGGCAUGGAGCUCACCGUCAGUGUUCUGGAGGCCAAGGGACUCAUCUGCCCCUUCAGUGUGGAUUCGCUGGACACGUUUGUGAGGAUCUAUCUGGUACCGGAUCAUCCAGGAGCCAUGCAAACGAAGGUGGUUCGUGCCACAGGAACUCCCAACUACAACGAAAGCUUCAACUUUUGGCUGCAGAAGCGCCAGGCCCGGCACUCGCUGUGGUUCCACCUCUACCACAACGGCCCCGCCCACACGCUCAUCGGGGAGGCGGAAAUGGAGAUCGGGGAGACGCCCAAGCCGAUCACCACCUGGAUACCGCUCUCGGACUCCCGGAAGUGCAACGCCCGCUGGGGCGAGCUGAUGUUCUCGCUCAGUUACCUGCCGACGGCGGAGCGGCUCACCAUCGUGGUGGUGAAGGCCCGGAACCUCAAGCUGGACCCCGAUCCCGAGGACAUGCCGGCCAAGAAGAAGGACCAGCUGAAGCAGCAGCAUCAGCAGGAGAGUAAGGAGCAGGAUCCCAUGGACACCGUGCAGAGUGUCUUUGUCAAGGUCUACCUGAUGGAUAACGAGCGCAAGGUCCUGAAGAAGCGCACCUCCCUGAAGCGCAAGGACCGCGGCCCGAUCUUCAACGAGUCGGUGAUCUUCAAUGUGCCGCCGCCCAGCCUGACGACCGCCCGGCUGCGGCUAACGGUGUUCGGGGUGACCGGCGGGGGCGGACUGCUGCCGCUGGGGCACGUCGUCGCCGGCAGCUGUGCAGUGGGGAAGGGGUUGCGCCACUGGCACCAGAUGCUCUCCUCGCUCCGCAAACCGGUGGCCAUGUGGCAUGUCCUGCGGCGGGCGAUCAACCAGCCGGUGUUUGCGGGCGGGGCCGAGGCGGUGGUGGCCGCCAUGCAGAGCACACUGCAGCGGACCAGCGUCAAGCGGAACAGCAUAGUCUGAGCGGUGUCUUCUGAUCGGGUGAUGCCCAAUUUCCAUCUGGAAAAUUGCCGAUUUUCCUCACAUCUCGCGAGGAUUUUUCCUACAUUUUCUACUGCUUCCCCUUAAAAAAAAAAAUAUACAAAAAAGGAUAAUACCAGGAAUACCAGGAAUAAAAAC